AGUGAUAUCUCAGAUACAAAACAUUGCUGUAUUGCAGCCUAGGCAAUGAACAAACAAGCAUAUUUCUGACCCACUCCAAAACUAGCAAAGAAGUACAAAGCAGCAAGAAAGUACAAUGACUGAGAAUCUUUAGCUCUAUUUGCUGUGAUGCUGGGGCAAAGGCAUGCGAGUCAAAGGCAUUUUAAGGGACCGUGGGAUGGGGAGUGUGUAAAGUCUUUUGCCUUCCCAAAUGCAAUGCCCAAACACUGCAAAUCUUGCUGGUGGGCAUCACACACAGUUGUUUGUAUUUAGUUCUGCUUCCAUAGCAGAUUCAGUGAAAAGCGAGCUGAAUUCAGCUACGUCUGCUUGGUCUCCACUGAUAAGCACACUGCAGCGCAUGCCAGACUGCCCAGGACAGAGCUCCUCUCACUGCCAGCUAGCCCAGGGCCACCCUAAUUAUGGCUAAUUGCCCGGACAGUUAUCUCUCUGCAGCCUGCGUCGUGCUUCCAAAAGCCUCUAAUUGAAUUGCUAUAAUUUUUGCCCUUCCUAAUGCAGUGGGUUGGUGAGGUAAAAUGACCCACGGGAGGCGGAGAGUGGGGGGGCUCCGCAGCCCAUAAAGAGCGGAGGGGACGAAGGGAGGGUGUGCAGAGCCGUGUCCGUGCACCGGGGCCAUGCAGUGAGUGCCCACGGGGAGCAGCCAUCGGGACUGCAGCUGUGGGACAUCCCAGCAUCCGUGGGACAUUCCGGCAGCAGCCGUGGGACAGCCAUCUCGCCACCUGCCAGCUCCCUGUGAGACACCGUUGUGCCCCAGCUCAAGAUGCAGAGGUGUGCGGGUUUCCUGUUUCUGUCUUUAAUCCUUUGUGCCGCCCUGUCAGAAACAUUCGGACUGGUUUUGUCUGCAAAAGAAAAAAGGGGCUGGACUUUGAACAGUGCUGGUUACCUACUUGGGCCACGUCGUAUUGAUCACCUUUUAAUGAUAAAGGAAAUGCCCAUUGCAAGGGGGAGAGAAGAGGCACCAGGGGCAUAUGCAGUAGAUAACCACAGAUCUUUUAAUGACAAACAUGGUUUCACUGGUAAACGUGAAAUACAGCCUGAUGAGGAUUUAAAAGCAGGAAAUCUUGGAAGACCACUGGCUGACGAAAACAUUGUGCGCACAAUAAUCGAAUUUUUGACUUACUUGCAUCUUAAAGAGGUGGGAGCACUUGACAAUUUAUCUUCACCAGAGGAAACAAACCAGUCUUGAAGAAGAAAAUAUUUUUAUUCUGUUGUAGUGCAAAUCUGAUUCAAUUCUAAACAAAAGA